ACACCUCAUAAUCCGCCAUUGAAGGCUGUGAAAUACGGAAAAACAAGUACUACUUCUUCCUCACAAAGAGAAACAAACCUCGUUGAUCUGCCAAUCGACAUUAUAAUCAAUAUCCUCAACAGAUUUCCACUAAAAUCUCUCUUUCAAUUCCAUUUCGUCUGCAGAAUGUGGCGUGCGUUGUUAUACACACCUAAAAUCGUUUGUUAAUUAUGUGAACCAACUUUUUGAUAAAAAAUACACACUGCAGAUGAAAAGUGAUGUUUCAUGCCAAAGUGAUGUGGUUUGGAAAUUUAAGAUUCCAAUUGAAUUGCAAUCUCUAGAUUUCAUGCUAUUGGAACCUGUUAAUGGAAUACUCUGCAUUUGUGGACCUUUAAAGUCCCAUGUUUCUUAUGCGUACUUGUGGAACCCUUUAACUAAUGAAUUCAAAGCUUUGCCUAGACCAAUUGUUCAUAUGGGAUAUGUUGCUGAUAACUUUGGCUUUGGCUUUGUUCCUAAUAGCAAUGAUUACAAAGUAGUGAGGGUGCUUCAACAUGAGAGAAAACACGAUGCGUGGAUUGAAAUUUACUCUUUGAAUUGCAAUUCUUGGAGACGUGUUAGGGACUCGUGCUCGAGUAGUGAAAUCACUGGAAAUGAGAGUGAAGGGAGUCUCAAUCGCUAUGUCGGGAGUUUUUCGGUGUUUAGGGACUUGAGACAUUUUCCAGGUGAUGGUGAUUUAACUGUUGAUCUGGAGAAAGAAGUGAUUACUGAGGUGGAUUAUAAAUAGAAGCGUUGUAAAGCAGUCACUUGGAAGAAUGAAAGAAAUGCUAUAUAUUUGAAAUUUCCUGAAGAUGAUCUGGUUCUAUGCGACAACGAUGACGGACGGAGAUAUUCAUCAAGAUUCGAUUUCACUGGGAGCCUUGUUUCACUCGACAGAGAUCACGUCAAUCUUGGCUAAUAGGUGUGAAUCCUUUUGAAUCUUCUCA